AUGAGCGACUCCGUUCAAGACCCAAACAAGGCUUCUGCCGACGUCUCGAUGGAUACUCCAGAGAAGGGCAAGGGCAAGGCAUCAGAGCAGGACCCGAUGGAGGAGUCUUCAGAGGACGAUGAAGAGGGCGAGGGCGAAGCCGAAGUGGAGGAGCCAGAUGAGGACAACAUGGAGGAGAUUGACACGGACAACAUCGUCAGCUCACGUACCCGCGGCAAGAACAUCGACUACGCCGAGGCUGCAAAAGAGCUUCCAGAGGAGGACGACGAUGAGGAGGACGAUGACGACUUCCAGGACGAUGAUGCCAUGGAGGACUGA